AUGUCUGGAGUCGCAGAAAGGAAGUUUGUGAACGGCGCCUUGGAGGCCGCCGUCAAGUUCUGGUGUUCGGUGGACCGGAGAGAAGAAACACAGAACGAAACUCGGGAGAUGCUCAAAAAUUUGUCCGAAGAUGAACUCGCGAAACUGUUUCUCGCACGGCUCGAAUUCGGAACGGCGGGUUUGCGCGGUCGAAUGGGUGCCGGCUUCAGCAGGAUGAACGACGUGACCAUUCAGCAGACUACUCAGGGAUACUGUGCUUUCCUCAUGGACCUCUUUGGAGAAGAUGGCAAAGAUCGCGGGGUUGUGAUUGGCUUCGAUGCGCGACAUAACUCCAGAAGGUUCGCUCAGCUCACGGCUGCGGUGUUCUUGAGCAAAGGGGUUCGCGUGCGACUGUUUGGCGACAUCGUGCACACGCCCAUGGUGCCCUACACGGUUGUGUCGGCGAACUGCAUCGCCGGUAUUAUGAUCACAGCCUCCCACAACCCCAAGGCUGACAACGGCUACAAGGUGUACGCGGCGAACGGCGCACAAAUCAUCCCGCCGAUGGACAGCGAGAUCUCCGCUUUCAUCAACAGCAACCUCGAUUUCUGGAGCGACGUGGACGACUUUUUCGACAACAAGACUGGGAGGCUGACGGAGAAGGCCGCGAAAAGUUCUUUGUUGGAAGAUCCGUUGAACACGUUCGUUGACGCGUAUAUCAAGGACAUUGCGGCAGACCUCUGCGUUCCGAAACGCGAAGCAGGCAGCGUGAAGUUCAUGUACACCGCCAUGCACGGCGUCGGCGAGCCGAUGGUCAAGAAGAUGAUCGCGGCGUUCGGCUUCAAAGACAAUCUCCUCACAGGCAAGGCGAGGCUCUUUUCUGAGCUGGAUGCGCAGUGCACUCCAGAUCCGGAGUUCCCCACCGUGGCGUUCCCGAAUCCUGAAGAGCACGGCGCGCUGGACAUGGCGUUCAAGGAGGCCGACGCUCACGGCCUGACGCUGGUAAUUGCCAACGACCCAGAUGCCGAUCGCUUUGCCGCCGCCGAGAAAUGCGACGGUCGCUGGUAUCAGUUUACGGGAGACGAGUUGGGGGCUAUCCUUGGGGCGUACGCAAUAGAAUUAAGAGAAGGCCAGGGAAUUGCCAAAUCGAACAUGGCACUGAUAUGCUCUGCUGUCUCUUCGCGGAUGCUUCAAAAGAUUGCCAAGCUGGAUCUGACGAGGUGGGAGAACGAGUGCUUCGAAGUGUCUCUGCGGCUGCGUGCGGACGUUGUCGUGGGCUCGUUGCAGCAGCUGUUGAUUUGUUGGGAACCUGCGUCGCGCUUUCAGGACAACGGCUGCAGAUUUGCCGAGACCAUGACCGGAUUCAAGUGGAUGGAGAACAAGGCAAUUGAAAUGGAGGCGGAAGGCCUGACGCCGGUUUUUGUGUACGAAGAGGCUUUGGGUUACGCUCUCAGCCAGCGAGUCCGAGACAAAGACGGUGUAAGUGCAGCAGCGGUGUGGAUGCAGAUGGCGACCGACCUCUACGCGCGAGGCCAGACCGUGAUGGACUUUCUAAUGUCCUUGCGAAAGCGGUACGGGUAUUUCGUGACGAAGAACUCGUACUUCAUCUGUCCCGAUCCGCCCGUGAUCCAAGGGCUUUUCAAGGAUUUUGCCAACGGGGGACAGUACCCAACGCAUCUGGGGCCUUUCGCGAUCCGACGAAUCCGAGAUGUCGGCCGCAGUUACGACAGUGGGGAAACGUGCACGUUCCCCCCAAACUGCGAGAUGCUGACUGUGUACUUGGAUAACGGAGCUGUAGUUACGCUCCGUGGCAGCGGGACUGAGCCGAAGCUGAAAUAUUACGCAGAGACGAGCUCAUCGAAUCCCGAACAAGGCGCGGCAGAACUCGAAAAAGUUAUCGCCGCGGUCGUCUCCGACUUCGUGAAACCUGAUCUCCACCCCGCGAUCAAAGUGACUCUCCCCUGA